CACUGGGCCGCCGAGGAGAGGCUUGCGUUGCGUGCUGAGGAGCGGAGGAGGCAGGAGCCGGCGUCGUGUUUGAGUAGGAGUAGGAUAAGCGGAUUGCUCUCUCGCCUGUGGGGAUUUCCGGCGAGAAGGACUCGAGGCGAGCGGAUCGAGAGCGCCCGCCCGCCCGGCCGGCCUCGCCGAUCAGCCGCGAUGAACUGCGAGACGUGCCACCUCAACGAACUGGAGCUGGAGCCGCUGGAGAUCAAAGAUGUGCUGCGAUGCAUCUUGCAUACUAUAUUCUUUCAUCGAACCCUCACUCUUGUUCGGCCCAAGGAUGUUGACUGCGACCUCUUUGAGAUCACAUAUGUUCAAUGUGGACUUGCAGAACUAGAAAAGGAAGUUGAUGAAAAGAUCAACCAGUUCAUUGCUUGGGCUGAAAAGCAUCCAAAUCGGAAAAGCCAGGUGUGCCUCUCGUUCUUCGAUGAGAAGAACAAGCACCCAGGCUGGUUCAGCAGCAAGACUGAGAGGGUUUACUGGGAACAAUGGUUCAUCAAUUUGCAUGUCACAAGCCCUAAAGGGCAAGGCAAAUCACGUGGCUCCAAAGCGCCAGCAAAUACUAAAGGACAAGCAUUGGAAGAGACCAGCUCAAGACGUGAUGCGCUGAGCUUGCUGAUCCAAGAAGUCCUGUUCCAGAUCAUUAACUACGCCAAUGAGAAAAAAGACCAUAUUCCUCCAAUCUCUGACAGAAUAUUCAAUCAUGAGAUUUUGGUCCCCAGGUGACACCUUUUCCUUGGACGUGUGUUCACAGCUCUUCUGAUUCUGUAUUCGGGUGGAACGCCGACGUUCUUCGGAGGGCAUUGAGUAGUGGACAUUCGUACUCACUGAACUGAAGAUCUUUGUUAGAGACUGCACUAAACGAAGAUGUUGGUAUCGGUGUGCUACCUUUCACAGUGAUAAGACGUUGCCCCUUUCUCACCUCUCCGUUGAUCGUUUGGUUAUAAGACGUCGUCAGAGCUGCUGACUCAUGGAAGCAAAUGUUGUGUACAGAAUAAUGUAGAACGCCAGUGAACUGACUCUGUUACCCAUCCAAUCAUGUAAUUCCCACUUGUUUAGCUGUAAAUAUUUCUCUUGACAAUCUGUGUCAAAAAAAUAUUAUGUCAUGCAGAUGUGAAAAGUAGAAAAAAGUCCAUUUUACUACCCUGAAUAAAGUGGGUGGUUCACUUUA